AUGGCUUCUACCCCAGAGGUAGAGUCUCCCCUGGGUGCGACACACGACGUGGAGAAAACUAGCGACUCAUUCCGCGAGUCUUCAUCCUUGGUACUUUCUGAAGAACAAGCACUGGCCAAGGCGAGAAGUAGCCCAAAUGAAGCUCUGCCCAUUUUCAUUACUUUCGGGCCCGACGACCAUGAUAACCCUCGCAACUGGCCCAAAUGGCGCAAGUGGUAUAUCAGUAUUUUUGUUAGCAUGUUGAAUGUGUUCACAACCUGGUGUGCUGGUUCAAUCUCAUCUGGUGCGACUGGCAUCCAAGACGCGUUUGGUGUGUCUGAGGAAGUCACUACCUUGGCUCUCUCACUCUAUGUAUUGGGUUAUGCCAUUGGACCUGUUCUCCUCGCACCACUGUCCGAGUACUUCGGUCGCCAACCCGUCUAUGUGGUGUCAUGGUUUCUCCUCUUUAUCUUCCAGCUGCCUUUGGCACUGGCGCCCAAUAUCGGAACAGUCCUCGUUUGUCGAUUCAUUGCAGGCUGCGCUGGAGGCGCCCCCUUGACCAAUACUGGUGGAACUAUCAGUGAUCUUUGGGAGCGGAACGUGAGUGGUGGCCCCAUGGCUAUCUACGGGUUGAGUAGUACCUUUGGACCCCCCACAGCGCUUGUCAUGUCAGGCUACAUUGGCCUCAACCUGGGAUGGCGAUGGAUCUUCUGGAUUCUUAUGGCGAUGACAGGUGUCGUCUGGAUUUUACUUAUCGUGACCAUCCCUGAAACUCGACAUUCUGCGGUUUUGCGGAAAAAGGUUAAUCGCGUGCGCAAGCAGAUGAAGGAGGAGAAUCUUAAAUCUGCCGAAUCGGUCACCGAUAUUCAUGCCAGCGAACAGAAGGGUCUCCAUGAACUCUUCGCUAUCACCCUCACUCGCCCAUUCCGCUUCUUGUUCUCCGAGCCCAUCACUACCUUCUCUGCGAUCUAUAACGGCUUCUUAUAUGGACUGGUUUAUCUGUUCAACGAGUCCUUCCCCUUGGUAUUCGGAGCUCCCGAUGGACACCCCUUCAAUACCGGAGAGCAAGGUCUGGCCUUCCUGGGAAUGGCCAUUGGCCCCGUUAUUGCCUUCUGCUUGUACCCCUUUCAAGAGAAGUAUUAUCUUCGCCGUGUCGCCCAGAACGAUGGAAAGGGUGUCCCAGAAGCGCGAAUGUGGAUGGCCCGUGUUGGAGCCAUUCUGAUUCCAAUCAGUCUGUUCUGGUUUGGAUGGACAAGUUACCGCUCCGUGCAUUGGAUUGUGCCCAUCAUCGCCUCCAGCUUCUUCGGUGCUGGUAUUUAUAUUGUCAUUCUUAGUAUUCUCAACUAUGUUGUGGACAGCUACCAGACAUAUUCUGCCUCCGCCUUGGCAGGUGUGAUUCUGUGUCGCAAUGUGGUGGGUGCUGGAUUCCCCUUGUUCGCGACCCAGAUGUAUGACAAGCUUGGAUAUGAGUGGGCAUCGAGUCUUCUUGGAUUUAUCUCCAUCUUGCUGGUCCCAAUUCCAUUCAUCUUUUUCUACAAGGGAGAGGCUAUUCGUCUUCGCAGCCCUUGGGCAAGGGAGCACUUCGAUCAAAAUGACGACAACCCUCACUGA